GCGAGGCUGCCUGCAGUCGACAUCGAAGCGGAGGCGCGCGAGCGUCGGUGCCCGCGCCGAUCAGUCCGCGCGGGACGCUCGAUGAGUGAGGAUCGUGUUCUUGGCUUGCCUUGCUCGCGAAGUCGCUUAGGUGCGUCGGUGAUUAACGACAUAGGGAGGGAGAGAAAGGGCGCUAGUUUCGUCGCACGCAGUUCUGCAGGGCCGUAGAGGAGAGAGAGAGAGAGAGAAAGACAGAAAGAGAGAGAGAGAAAAACGGCGACUGUCAUAGAGAAGCAUUCCUCGCGAGACGACCGGAACCCCGGGAGUAUUGGAGCACAGAUGGUGAGAGGAUCGUUACCUGAUAUCGCAGUGACGAUGGCAUCGGGCAGGGAAAUCCACGGUGCUUUCAGCCUCAUCGUGGACGACGUGGACUCGCACUCGAUCCUCAGCGACGGCUCCGACCUGGACGGGCUGUCGCGCGAGAGCAGCUCGCAGAACUCGGCGUCGCAGACGCCGCUGGACAGCCCCGGCGGACCGCGGGAGAGGAUCAAGCAGAUCCAGGUAGAGGCCGAGACCAGACGGGGCGAGUUCGCCAGACUGCUGGAGGAGCACGCGCAGGUGGUGCGCAAGCUGAAGAUGAUGGAGGCGGAGGAGCAGCUGUCGGCGACGACGACGACGACGACGACGGCGACCGGGAACGCGGCGGUGAUCGGCGGCGCGCACGCGUGAUUUUACGAUUUUAUCACCGACGCCGGAACGAGGGUGACACCGAGGGUCGGGACCACCGCGUCGACGACCGUCGUACGACCGACCACCACCGCCUCACCGCGUUUCCUCCUCGUCCGCCUCGACGGCGAAACAACCUCAUCCGGACCGGCCGUCGUCGUCCGUCGCGAUUCGCAGACGAGACGCGGAUGACGCGGACAACACUGGACGUUCGGAUAUAUUAUUAACCCUCGGAUGCAUCUCGGACGAGUCUCUGAAAUAUCCAGAUGUACACGAGGUGUACAUGUCUGUAAGGGAAGUAAUGGAUGCAUCCGAGGGUUAAUUGCGGGGGAGGGGAGUUAUGGACUCGAGAGAACUUCUCUUGCUAUCUUCCUUUUUUCUUUUCAGCAUUGCAUAUAAUUUUGUUUCGCUCUAAUUUCCGCUUCGGAUUAAUUAGAUUCCGCCGCUUUGGUUUAUUUGAAAUAAAAACUGAAAUCAAAUUGGAGAUAAACCUGAAUAAUGUAAAAGGAAUUCGUAAGAAUUUAAAUUUCCUAUCGUUUACGUCAAUUUAUGACAAUUGAAUGAAGUGAUCGUUAUUAGUCUGGCAUGUUACGGAAAUUCAGAUAAAUUAAAAGCUUGAUACACGAAGCUAUUUUCUUCCCAAGAAAAAUAUACAAUAUGAUAAACGCGUAUUUAAUUGCGAUGUGUUGUUAUAUUAUAAGUAUGUAGAUUCUCGCAAUUUUAUUUGCGAUUGAAUAAAGUAUUUCUGCCGUUUGAAAAAUUUCGAGAUGCGCUAUCGAGCGCAUAAUUCCAAUUCAACGUAACACAACGUGCAAAUUUCGGAGCAAAGCCUUUCUGUAAAACAUCAUCCGAUUUCGCGAGAUCGAAUUAAAGCGAGCUCGAUUGAAUCGACAAUGCCCGGUGCGAGGGGUACCGCAGUCAGUCUCCCGCGACAGGGGGUCGUUCUUAUUAUUAACCCUUGUUUGCAACAAAGUCUGAAUAAAAAUAAAACCUACUAGACACGACAAUAAUGAGGAACACUUUUAUGAUGGGGAACGUGCGCGAAAGCCGCGGUUGCGUAUUGUUCACAAACGCGUGGAACAGGGAACUCCCGCCCGUUCGAACUAGCUCAGCAGCAACGGCUGGCCUAAGCGUAGUACAAAUUUUGCAGUGAAGUCUUAAUAAAAGAAAAAAAAAUGAAAAAAGAGGUACGAGUGGGCAGAGAGAGAGGAGAGAGAGAAGGAGAAAGUUUCUGAUAUUAUAUCACGGCGUCGUUUCGCCGAGGAAAUGCAGGUGCUGGAGUGGAUAUGGUGUCGUACACGAACACACGUAGCCUACUCUCGAGACACAACGGAGUGUACAAGCUUCUACGUUUUAUAGUGUUGUAGAGUUGAGUGUUCCAUGUAAGUGUAAGCUAGUUUUGUAAUAUCGUAAAUAUAUAUACGUGUACGAUAAAGGCGAAUCUGCCGGGUCUGGCGGAGCACGCGACUCUUUUGUAAAUAGGUUUCUUUUCAUUACACACGCAUAAUAACAACCGACCGUCCCGAUCGAUUGUCACCAAUUAAUUCCGAUUAACGACUUUCUGUGUCUCUUUCUGUGUCGUGGUAUUCUCGGCCACGAUUCUACGUGGGCGGAAUUACAAAACCAUGGUUUAAAAUGUGUAAAAAUUUUGUACUUUAUUUUUUUUAUGAAUUAAAUUUAACGAAAAUGUCAAACCGAGUAAAUACUGCAAAUAAAAAGAUUGCGAAAAAUGUUAAUACAAAUGUCAAAUUUACACAAAAAUCGUGAAAAUGUAAUACGAAUUAAACAACCACGCAAUAUAACACCCAUUAUCAUUUUAUAAUUAAACUGCUAUUAAAACUAUAAGAAGAAAGAGACACAAAACGUUGGCACGAGAUUAACUAAUAAAGAUUAUCGGUGCAAUCAGGUUUGGAUCUUCGUGAAGCGUGAAGAGAGGGAAGGUAAAGACGCGGAAGUAAUGCUACUUAAUUUGGUCAUUUUACUCUUAACAUUAGGGAGUUUGUAUAAAAUCUGGACUGGCAAAUCUCGACGAGAAUUGCUAAUUUUCUAAACGUGCUGCGUCAGACCCGCAUCCAGAUGAUAUAGGUAUUAUUAGGCAUUUAUAGACUUAUAUAUACAUACUUAAAGAGAGACACAUAAGUAGACCCGUGUUAAAUAAUAUAGCCCUAGUAUAAAGAUGUCUAUUAUUGCACAUUGUGCCAGCCUACGCCAGUCGGCAAUCAGGACACUUUUUGCCUCGUUUAAUUCGUCGUUAAGACGUCACAAGAUAAAUCGUCAAUUCGAAAUAAAUUGUCAAUCGUUCUCUCGUGUACUUAUUGAGAUAACAAUUGUAGUUUACAAGUAUAAUGACAAGAGAAAAAAGCGAGUAAAUCUUCAUGAAAUUUUAAGUUUCCGAAAUAUAUUUAAAAUAAAAACACGUUAAACACAUGCGCGCGCGUACUUUUUUAAAAUAAGUAUGUGAAUAAUUCGGUAUAAUUCUAGAUUCUUGAAAACAUACACGUGGCAGAGGAACUUCCGAAAAGAUAUCCUGAUUGCCGUAGCAUCGACUGGCGCAUUGUGUAAACUAAAGAGACAGUCCUAGAAUAUAUAAGGAAUAGACAGGAAUGAUUUUAGCUGCUCAGAAACGUAAGAUGCUUUAAAGGAAAUUUCGCGAUUGAAAGUGAUACUUGCGAGGCAAUAAUUUCUCCAACAUACUCGGGAAGACUGCGAGUAGCGCGUGGAACGAAUGCGAAACGAAAAAUCUGCAUUAUUUU